CUGCUUUCUCCCAUGCACUUGUCUUCUUUACCUCCAACACUUGAGCCUUUCCUCUCGCUUUCUCUCUCCCUCAACUCUCUCCUCUCUCUCACAUUACUUCUCCAUCGACUUCACAUACAAAUAUAUUUCCGAAGUUUAUACUCCACCCGUCCCGACCCGAUUAUUUUAAAAUUCGAAGUAUUUAAAAUUCCGUCAUAAAAAGACUGUAUUGUGAGUUUUGCAUUGCGAAAUGUCUAGCCGAAGGUCUCGUUCCGGACAAUCAUCAGGAGCUUCGAGGAUCAGCGACGAUCAGAUUGCCGACCUCGUUUCCAAGCUGCAGCAGCUCAUUCCCGAGAUUCGAAACCGCCGUCGCAAUUCCGACAAGGUUUCAGCCUCGAAAGUGCUCCAAGAGACAUGCAACUACAUAAGAAACUUACACAGAGAAGUGGACGACUUAAGCGACAGACUCUCAGAACUUCUGGAGUCCACGGACAGCAACAGUGCUGAGGCAGCUGUUAUAAGGAGCUUACUUAUGUAAUGCUGGAGAAUUAAACAACCUAAUUAUUUCAAGUUUAUGUUAUAAUUAGUUGCCUUUUUAAGCCUAAACCUAAUUAGGGUUUUCCGUCUUAUCAUUAUCUCAUCAUGGUGAUCCUUGCUAUAUAUAUAUAAGCAAUUAUAGGGUCCAUGAUUAUAAUUUCUUUAAUUAGUAAUAUAUGUUUUUAGUGUUAUGAAUUAUGAUGAAUUUAUCAGCUA